UACUCGGACAACUCUUUCAAUGUCAUGUCAGGUGUCCCCCAAGGUAGUGUAACUGGACCAUUCCUCUUUCUUUUGUAUAUUAAUGACUUAUUAGGUUUGUUCCUCCCGAAAUUAAACCGCGUGAUUCUAUCAGAGAUCUCGGAAUCAUUGUCGAUACCAAACUAUCAUUUGUAAAUCAAAUUAAUCAGACAUCUAAUAGUGCCCUCCUUAAGUGUCGCCAAAUCCUUCGCUCAUUCCGCUCUAAAAGUCCCGAAUUCUAUUUUAAACUGUUCAAUGUUUACAUCCGCCCCGUACUCGAAUAUGGCUGCGAGCUCUUCCCGCCCAACUCCACCGAACUUGCCAAAAAAACUAGAAUCUCCCCUCCGGUUUUUCUCAAAGUGUGUCUUUCAAAGGUGCAAUUUAUCUUACUCGUCAUACAGCAGCAGGCUUUCAUAUUUUAAUUUAUUGUCUACUCACGACAGACGGGUUCUUCAAAUCCUCCGAACCUUCCAUAAAAUUAUUUCAAGCGUGUAUCACUUCCCGUCCUUAUCAUCGUUCGUUUGAGCUUCACGCUCUACUCGUCACCCCUAUCUACUUGUUAUCUGUGGUGUCCCGUCUAAAUGUUUUUUACAUGUUAACUUGUCGUUGUGGAAUCGAAUAGCAAAACGUUUCCCUAAAUUGUUAACUCCAAAUGCAUUUGCGUCGCGCCUAGGCUCUAUUACAUUCGACACCCUCUUCCCCCCAAC